UACGCUGAGUACUCCGUAUGCUCACAGAAGCCUGACGCCCUGUCUUGUGACCGGCAAGGAGCGGAAAUACAUGAAAUGCAGACGAGUGAACAAAAUGUUGAAAUCCAGAAAGAUUUUCGUGUGUAUAGCAAUCGUUGGCAUUGUUGUACCGCUUGUGUUUUUGAGUCAAACUACAGGACACAGUUCCCGAAGUAGAGGAGGACCCAGAAAGAAAGUUAUCCCUAGAUUUCGUGACAAUGUUUUUGAAAACAACAUGUCUACAAAAGCGACUUUACAGAAAGCCAACAUUCCUGCGGAUGUAAUACAGAAAGAGAGACUCGCCACGCUACAUCAGGGCUGCCAGUUGCUUGAGAAAAAGGGUGUGGUUCCCAAUAGUGUUGUCGCCAGUCAGCUCGGCCACAUCCUGGUCGACGACACCUAUCAAGUCAUGUUUUGUUACAUUCCUAAAGUGGCCUGUACCAAUAUGAAACGGGUAUUUCUUCUCCUCACGGGUAAAAUGAAUACGACAAAUCCUCUUGAUAUCGAAAGCAGUGACGUGCAUUUUACACACAAUAAAUAUUUGAAGUAUCUUAGCGAUUUCAAUUCUGAAGUUGAAAUUAAUUAUAGAAUCAAAAGUUAUAGAAAAAUUAUAUUUGUACGAGAACCAUUAGAAAGAUUGCUCUCAGCUUACAGAAACAAAUUUAUGGAGAAAAGUGAAUAUUUUCAUAAGAGAUUUGGUCGAAGAAUAGUCAGGAGAUACAGGAAAAAUCCCUCUGCAUCUUCAGUAGAACUUGGAAAUGAUGUGAAGUUCAUAGAAUUUAUCAAGUACAUAACAGAUUCAAGCACGAUUAUGAAGGAAGGAUUCAAUGAACACUGGGCCCAUUACUCAGGAUUGUGUCAUCCGUGUUUGAUCCAGUAUGACUACGUUGGUAAAUAUGAAACCAUUGACCAAGAUAUUGACCAGAUCCUGAGGGAUCUACACAUAGACGAUGCCAUUCAGUUUCCUGCUCGUGGUGCCACUUACAAACGAAAGAAAACAAAAGACACCAUGGCAGAUUUUUAUGGGAAGAUUCCACCUUUUCAUUUAAAAUUGCUGUGGAAAAUUUAUGUGAAUGAUUAUAAACUUUUCGGUUAUCCUUAUCCACAAAUUUUACAACAGUUUCUCUCAAAUUCAAGUCAUACAUGAUUUGAACAUAGAAUUGUUGGCAACUUGUCCCCCAUAUAAAUUCUUGUAGGGUUCACUUAUCUUAACAAUUAUGUUUUUUUAAUUUGAAAUUUUCAACAGUUUAGUAUUAAAAAAAUAAGUUGAUACUUAAGUUUGAUGUUAGAACCAUAUUUCAACAAUAAUUAUUAUCAAUAUAAUGCUUUACAACUGUUCCUGAAA